GUCGAUAAUUCAUUAUUGUUGACUACUAUUGAUGAUGACAUUGAUGAUGAUGAUGAUGAUGAUAUUGAUGAUGAUGGUGAUGUUGAUUAUGAUGAUGAUGAUGAUGAUGAUUGCGUUAUCACAGAUGCUCAAACUGUUUGUUUUGUUUAG